AGGAGGGAACCAACCCAGGGCCAAUUUAGACUCACCAAUCAUCCUGCCCUGCACGGUUUUGGACCGCGGGAGGAAACCGGAGUCCCCGGCGGAAACCCACGCGAACACGGGGAGGGAGGUGUGACUUUGGUGGCGUGUAUCCGGAGUCCCGGAAGUGAUCGCUAUUUCAGCAUGGAGCUGAAAGUUUCGCGGGAAAUGGCGCGUGACAGCGUGCGCUGUCCAGUCUGUUCAGGUGAAGUCGGAGCUUCGGGGAUCAAUGCCCACCUGGACACGUGUUUGCUGAAUAACGACGGCGGCCAGCUGUCAAACAGCGAGCCCCCAAUGAAGAAAGCUCGGCUUUCGGCUCGCCCCGGCGCUUCUGCGGAGCACCGGGAGACCCAGCCACCGCACGACACUCCCUUACACGUAUUUUCAGUGUUUCACACCAAAAACAAGGCGACCAGAGCUGAUAAGCCAUCGGCAGCGCCCUCCGAUGGGUGCACAUCGCCGGAGGAGAAGCGGCGUGAGCAGAGGGAGACGCCGACGGCAGCCGCCUCUUCGCGGGACGCCGGGCCGGCGGUCCCUGGCCGCUCUGAGCUCCGCCUCUCCGUCAGCUCCCUGCUCGACAGCGGCAAGCCCCUGGCAGAGAAAAUACGGCCCAAUACCCUUGAAGAGUAUUUCGGUCAAAAUAAAGCUGUGGGAGAGAACACCCUGCUGAGGUCCGUGCUGGAGUCCGAUUCCAUCCCCUCGCUGAUACUGUGGGGGCCGCCGGGCUGCGGGAAGACCACAUUGGCUCACAUCGUCGCCACAAACUGUAAGAAGAAGGGCUCGGCUCGCUUUGUCACGCUGUCCGCCACCAGUGCCUCCACCAGUGAUGUGCGAGAAGUCAUCAAACAGGCACAGAAUGAGCUGCGACUCUGUAAGAGGAAGACCAUCCUCUUCAUUGACGAGAUUCACCGCUUCAAUAAGUCUCAGCAGGACACCUUCCUGCCUCACGUGGAGUGCGGCACGGUGACGCUGAUCGGCGCCACAACAGAGAACCCGUCCUUCCAGGUGAACGCCGCCCUGCUGAGCCGGUGCCGCGUGCUGGUCCUGGAGCGGCUGUCCGCGGAGGCCAUGGCCGCCGUGCUGGAGCGGGCGGUGUCCGCACUGGGGCUGCGCGUGCUGGGGGCACCAGGGGGCAGCGCUGAGGACGACGCAACGUCGACCGAGUGCCCUGGGGACCACGAGCCCCAGGUGUACAUCGAGCAGAAAGCCCUGGACACCAUCGCUCAUCUAUGUGACGGCGACGCCCGUGCUGGACUCAAUGGGCUCCAGAUGGCCAUACAGGCGCGGGUCAACGCAAGCAAACUGGCUGGCCCUGCCCAGGACAUUCUGGUGCAGGAGGAUCAUGUUAAAGAAGGUCUACAGAGGUCCCACAUACUGUACGACAAGGCAGGUGAAGAACACUACAACUGCAUCUCAGCCCUGCAUAAGUCUAUGAGGGGUUCCCACGAAAACGCUGCCCUCUACUGGCUGGGUCGCAUGCUUGAGGGUGGGGAGGACCCCCUAUAUGUAGCUCGGAGGCUUGUCAGGUUCGCCAGCGAGGAUGUGGGUAUAGCUGACCCCAGUGCCCUCCCGCAGGCUGUGUCCGCUUUUCAGGCAUGCCACUUCAUCGGCAUGCCGGAGUGUGAGGUGAUCCUGGCUCAGUGCGUCGUGUACCUGGCCAGAGCGCCCAAGUCCGUGGAGGUAUACAAGGCCUACGAUAACGUGAAGACCUGCCUGAGGACCCACCGAGGUCCCCUGCCCCCAGUGCCCCUGCACCUCCGCAAUGCCCCCACCCGGCUAAUGAAGCAGUUGGGUUAUGCCAAAGGCUACAAGUAUAACCCAGCAUUCAGUGAGCCAGUGGAGCAGGAGUACUUACCAGAGGAGCUGAAAGGGAUAGACUUCUUUACCUGGCAACCUCCUGACCAAUAGCAGCGUCCUGAACGAGCUUCCUGUUACCAGACUGCACUUUAACUCGGAUCCCCUUAAAAACUGUUACGCUGCAAUGAAUGAGCAGAAUCGCCUAAAGUAGGGAGCUCUAGAAACAACCAUUCCCAGUGAUAAUGUAACACACUCAGAGAAAUGGGCGCCCCCUAGUGAGAAGGAAGAGCAUCCCCUGGUUUACAGUGCUUAGCCUUUUCAUUCAGGUGUGAAGAAUGUAUUAGCCCCUUCACCUGUGUCUGACUCUGGGCUCCUGUUUUACAUCAUCAUCAUCAUCCUGUCAUUCCACAAGGCCCUCUGAUCCGGGAUCCAGCUCGCACCAUUGAGCUGAUCAUCUAAAUGUCAAGCCCACAAUGUAAAAUGUAAUGGCAUUUAAGGAAAUGAGUCUUAAAUUCCCUAGUUCUUGUUCUCACUGUUGUGAUUUAGUCAAGGGGGAUGAAAACCGUCUCCAUAUUUGAGGAAAAGAUGUUUACUGAUAAAUCUAAGAAUAGCCUUUAUGAUGGAAUUUUAUACUAUAUCUGUUUUGCUGUAACACCUGAUGUUCUGACCUGACAGUUAGUAUCUUUCCAAAUGUUUAAGUCUGACUUCGGACUUUCUAUAAUUAUACUUGUUUCUGUUUGUUUGUUAAUUGUGUGUAUUUGAACAUGGUUAUGUCACUGGAUCUUUCUUUAAAUUGUGGCUGAAGAGAUGGUAGCCGUCACCCACCAUGAGCUUGCAAGGUUAAUGACAUUUAGCUGAUGCACAUGCUUAGACCACAUGUGGGAUUGCUGCAGAAUCCGGUCGGCGGUUGUCAAGUGCGGCUAAUGCCGCUGUGGCCACGUGGAUCGGCGUGACCUGGAGCGUGUGCAUGAUGGUCUCACACUUGUUUGUCUUUAACUGGAAUGAGACAUUUUUCUUUACUCUAUCACAGGUAACUCGUCAAGUUCAGGAUGUCAGUUUGCAGUUUCAACAGUUUUUAAUGGUAAAAUCAAAAAAGUCCACUAAUUCAUUUUUUUAAUCAUUUUGUGCUUGAAGCUAGCAUGUACAUCAGGUAUUAUCACAUUUUAUUGCAUAACCGUCCAAAAUUUGCACUGAAUCAUGCACUGGGUUUAUUCCCACUAGUCUAGGCCAAGCAGAGGCGGGAAACAAAAUUUAAAUCAAUGCAUGAAUAAAAAAUGUAAAGUCUUCAUCCGUCCAUCCAUUUUCCAGUUGUCCAGCCACAGGCUCCUGGUGAGUCCAGGGCCGAGCUGGGGAAAAAUGGGACACAAGCCAUGGAACACCCUGUAAAUCAAAUAGCAUACACUAUAAUAUGAACAUGUCACAUCUAAGAAUAAAGCUGAUGAUAUAAGUAUGUUGUUUAUCACGCCAUUUUCAGAGCUGGCAUGUUGGCUUAAUGAUUAGUAAUGCUCCAGGGGUCCCAGGCCCCAGUGAGUACAUCUCAAAGGAAGCAUUUUAAUGUACCUGAACUUAAAUUUGAGGAAAUGGUAAAUAAAACAUGAUUUCAUUAGAUUUUUAAUAGCCCAGCUUCAUAUCAGCUACGCUGUGGAUUCCUUCUCCCAGCUCUGCGCUCAUGGAGUUCUCCCCGUCUUGUUCCUUUGAUAUCUAACUGACAUCUAAAAACAGUAUUUAGGCAAAUCAGCAUGUUUAACUGUGUGUAAGUGUGCACCAUCAGUUGGAAUGGCAUCCAAUUCUGAGUGCAUUGUGCCCUGGGCUUCCUUCAUGUACUCCCGACUGAUUUAGCUGAUUCACGGAGCUAAAAAGAGCUCAGCAUUGGUUUAGUUAUCCCCAACACUCCAAAAACAUGCAGGAAGGUGCUUUUGUGAAUUGCAGUGUUUAGAGGGUUUCCCUACGUUGACUGAUCUUGCUACAAAGUCAGGAUUAAGGAGUUUCCCUACAUGGACUGGGAUUGCUACAAGGUCGGGAUUACAGUGUUUCCCUACAUGGACUGCGAAUGCAGCAGAGUCAGGAUUACAGGGUUUCCCUACAUGGACUGGGACUGCUACAGGGUCAGGAUUACAGGGUUUCUCCACAUGGACUGAUCAUGGUACAGGGUCAGGAUUACAGAGUUUCACCACCUGAACUGGGACUGCUACAGGGUCAGGAUUACAGGAUUUUCCCAAAUGUACUGAUCCUGCUACAGUGUAUCCUCAGCAUCUGAUACGUGUGAUGGUAAUAAAGGAUUAAUGAGCUACAA